UCACGUCAUGGCGUAGUGUGGGUGCGUUUCGUGUGCGUACGUUCAUGAAUAUUAUGUUCUUGCAUUGUGUUUGUAUGUAUUUCUGACGCCGUUGUGACUUGUCUGUCAUUCCUCUAAAUUUGGAUUUUAUAACUAAAAAUCUUCAAACUGUCGUCUUCAGCGGUGACAACGCCGCGUUUAAGUCAGGAAGGCGCUGCGAAGUCAGUCGGCUUUCCGGUGCCGGUCAAGAUACUAGUGUUCGCUCGUCUAAUAUGAAAUCAUGGCCGGCAGAAUGCUAAAGUUUAUACGUGGGAAGGGCCAGCAGCCCUCUGCAGAGAGGCAGAAACUGCAAAAUGAGCUGUUCGCUUUUCGCAAGACAGUCCAACACGGCUUUCCUCACAGAGCGUCAGCUCUCGCAUGGGACCCUCUAUUAAGACUCGCUGCCCUGGGAACGGCUUCUGGUGCCCUAAAAGUAUACGGGCGCCCAGGCGUCGAGUUAUACGGACAACACACCAACCUAGACUCACCUGUCACACAAAUACAUUUUAUUCCCGGGACAGGACGUUUAAUAUCACUAUGCGACGAUAACAGUUUACAUUUAUGGGAAAUAAACGAGAAAUCCCUCGUAGAACUUAAAUCACACGCCUUCGAAGGCAAAAAUAAAAAGAUAUCUUCAAUAUGCGUGGAGUCAUCCGGCAAGAACCUACUACUCGGCACAGAGGGCGGUAACAUCUACACCAUCGACUGCAACGCAUUCACACUAAACGAGGAUGUUAUUUAUCAAGAUGUUGUUAUGCAAAAUUGUCCCGAAGACUUCAAAGUGAAUCCUGGUGCAGUAGAAUCAGUUUGCGAACACCCAAAAGUACCAAGCCGUAUCCUGAUCGGUUACAAUCGUGGUUUGGUGGUACUUUGGGACAGAGUGGCGGCGGCACCAACACACACUUUCGUCUCCAACCAGCAGUUAGAAAGCUUGUGUUGGAACGAUGAAGGCGAACACUUCACAUCAUCUCACAACGAUGGGUCGUACGUCACGUGGGAGGUGGCGGGCGCGGCGAGCGACAGGCCGCUCAAAGAACCCGUCACGCCUUACGGACCCUACCCAUGCAAAGCUAUCAAUAAGAUCCUCACCAGGACCAGUGUGGAUGGGGACGAGAUCACAAUAUACGCGGGAGGCAUGCCCAGAUCGUCAUACUCUGACAAGUACACUGUGACCGUGCAACAGGGCGAGAAACAUGUUGCCUUCGAUUUCACAAGCCGAGUGAUCGACUUCUUCACAACUACGCCCGUGCCGCCCGACGGCGUGCCUCUACAAGAGACAAGACCCGACACGCCAGCUCAAAUACAAGUGCAGACCGUCAACCAAGUCGCAGCUUGUUUGGUGGUGCUGGCGGAGGAGGAGCUGGUGGCGCUGGACCUGUGCGACGCGCGCUGGCGGCCGCUGCGCCUGCCCUACCUCGUGUCCGUGCACGCGUCCGCCGUCACCACCGCGCACCUCGUCGACCAGGUGGCCGACGGCGUCUACGACAACAUCGUGGCGGCCGGACAACAGCAAACGGAAAACGUGUACUCUGAGGGACCGUGGCCGAUAUCCGGCGGUAUCGUGGAGACGCCCGAGUGCUCGGACCGCCAGGUGCUGCUGACGGGCCACGAGGACGGCUCCGUGCGCUUCUGGGACGUCAGCGGAGUCGUCAUGACGCCGCUCUACAAGUACACCACGGCGCCGCUGUUCAGCGGUGAAGAGAUUGGCGAGAACAACGACAGUCAGAACGAUGAAGAAGAGUGGCCUCCAUUCCGAAGAGUCGGUACUUUUGACCCGUACAGUGACGAUCCAAGACUUGCUGUUAAACGAGUUCUUCUUUGUCCGCUGUCCGGUAUGCUGACCAUCGGUGGGGCGGCCGGUCAGAUCGUUAUCGCUAGCUUAAAAACAUCACCUAGCACAGCAGAAGUUAAGUCGAUUCCCGUAAAUAUAGUGUCAGAUCGCGACGGAUUUGUAUGGAAGGGACACGAUCAGCUGACAUUACGUUCCGGUCCCCUUACAUUCCCAUCCGGCUAUCAGGCCAGCGCCGUGGGACAACUGUCGCCGCCGGCCGCCGUGACGGCGCUGAGCGCGCAGUGGGAGUGGGGCGUGGUGUGCGCGGGCACGGCGCACGGGCUGGCGCUGCUGGACGCGCUGCGUGUGGUGCCGCUCACGCACAAGUGCACGCUCAACCCGCACGAUCACUCGGGCGCUGGAGAUACGCCGAUUUCGAGACGAAAAUCUUUCAAGAAGUCCCUGAGAGAGUCUUUCAGACGAUUACGGAAGGGUCGCUCGCAGAGACGUCAAACUACAACUUCAGCUAGUCCUACUUCGCCGGCACAACCAGCUGCUAAGAAAUCAGUCGAGAAAAUCAGCGAAGUGGACGCGGACGUGAAGCCGAUAGAGCGCGCGGUGGAGGCGCGCUCCACGGACGAUGCGUUCGGCUCCAUGGUGCGCUGCCUGUACUUCGCGCGCACUUUCCUCAUCAACACACAAAAUUCGACGCCAACUUUGUGGGCGGGCACGAACAACGGAACCGUAUACGCAUUUACGAUAAACGUUCCCAACACGAAUAAACGAAAAGAGGAACCGGUAACCUGUCAACUUGCAAAAGAAAUUCAAUUAAAGCACAGAGCGCCCGUCAUCGGCAUCACAGUAUUAGAUGGAGCCGCCGUACCUCUGCCUGAUCCAUUAGAGGUGGAGCGCGGCGUGGCGGCGCUGCCGGAGGGCGGCGCGCACCGCGUCGUCAUCACGUCGGAGGAGCAGUUCAAGGUGUUCACGCUGCCCGCGCUCAAGCCGCACAACAAGUACAAGCUCACCGCGCACGAGGGCGCACGGGUGCGUCGCACGGCGUUCGCGUGGUUCUCGUGCACGGGCAGCGGCGGGGAGCGGCACCGCGAGUGGUGCCUGCUGUGCCUCACCAACCUGGGCGACUGCCUCGUGCUGUCGCCGGACCUGCGCCGCCAGCUCAAUGCGGCCGCCGUGCGCAAGGAGGACAUCAAUGGCAUUUCCAGUCUUUGCUUUUCAAAACGAGGCGAGGCUCUGUAUCUUCACUCGUCAUCAGAACUUCAAAGGAUUACGCUCUCUGCUACUAAGGUGACGAUCGCGCAAUGUCACGUCUUACUAUCACCUUGGGCUGCGGCUCUACGCGGUCCGCCUGAAGAAACUCCUUUGACUAAUGGAGAACAUAAAGAGGAGGCGGCGGCGGAGGCGCACGACGUGACGGCGGCGUCGGGCGACAUCACCGUGGACUCCGUGCGCGACCACGCCGCCGAGGCCAACGAGCUCAACAUCAACCUGCAGAAUUCACAAGUGAACACGACCUCCAUGGUCGUAAAGACGACGACGAGGACAAUGAUAAACGAGAACAACACGGACGGUGGCGUCAGCACCACAACCACUACGACCACCACCAACUCCACUAACGAAAACAUAGAGCCUAAACACGCGCGGGCGUCACGCGUCGCGGAGAAGAGCGUGCGCUGGUACUCAUGAGCGGCGUCCACAGACGGGCACCGUGACGGUGCCGGCCGGCACCGACCCCAAGCUGAUCCUGGAGAUGUUUGACCGCCAGCGCUCGCCGCUCGCCGUGCCCGUGCCGCCUGCGGAGUCCUAGCCGCCGAAAACUUCAAUUCUAAAUUCAACAUCGAUUGUCAAAAGUUCGUACGAUUCGACCCCCAAAACUUGAUUAAAUAUUUCGCCGGUCAUAUCACCACAUUUCAUUGAUACGAAGAUUUUGAUAUUUGAACUGAAGUCACGAACUUUAAACGAGUUCGAUCUGAUAUUUCGUUGACUUUCGUAUCAUGAAUUUAACCAAAAUCGUGUUCUAAGUUACGACUUUCAGUGGUCGCAGCUACGAAUUUCAUUUUGACAUAACUCGGAAAGAAGUAAUCACUAAGAUUAAUAAAUAAAUUGUGCCUGGUUUUGGUAUGAUUGCUAUGACUCGCGGAAUAUUUAAUAUUAUUAUAAGCAUAUUAGCAAUACCGAAUUUAUCGGUCUGUAUUCCACCGAUCAUUUUGCAUAUCGGCCUUAAUUUAAAUUCGAGUAAAUUAUCAUCAUUGAUGCAUCUAGAUAGCUAGACAAACUGCCGUUGAUAUCAUUGUUAGUUCAAUAUUUAUAGUCAAAUUUUCAUAUUUACAAAUAUUUUUAAUAUUAACGCUACAUCAAUAAACAUUUCUUAUUGUAUAUCCAAUAAUAUAUCAACUAGAAGCAAUUUCUUACACAUAUUUUGUACAUUUAAUCGAUAACUUGUAAGUAAUAAUAAAGUGCAUUUUAUAAUGAAUAGAUUACUCUUAAUCUUGUCACGUAUGUAGCGUUUUUAUAAAAUAGUUACAAUUAUAAAUUAUUCUGGUGUCUCUAUUAUUUAAAAAAAAAAGUGAAAUUGAAUAUUGGUACUUAAAUAUUUAAUGUCUAUUUUUUUACCAACCAGUUUUAUUUAGUACAAAACGGAAGCCAUAACAGUUUAUUUUAUUUAGCAAUGCCGCAAUUAAAUUGUGGAUUGUUAUUAAGAAAUUAUAAAAUUAUUGUGACAACUUAGUUUUUAAGUUGAGUUUCUUUGAAACAUUCUACAUAUGAGAAUGUGAUGUGCUUAUUUAUUUUUUUAUAAACGGAAUUUUAUUUAGACAACUAGUAUUAAAAUAAUUGACAAGUAAUUCAGACUAGAUUAUAGUAAUUUAGUUUUAUACUAAAUUUUUCACGGCUGACACUUACCCGCGUAGCCUUUUUUUAAAAUAAAUAAUAGAUUUUUUAACUAUAUCAUUUUCUUUCAAAUUGUAUUGUAUAUUCAGUAAAUAAUAUUUUAUUAAAUUAUAAGUACCGAGUGUGUGAAUGUUAUGCAAUAUUUAGCUGUUGUUUUUUUUAUUUUAUUUAAUAAAUAAUACGUAUUUAAAUUAAGUUCUUUUAUGUACGCAUUUUAAUCACUUAGACAAAAUGGCAGCUGUAUACUUCAAUGCCUAAUCAUAUUUCAUACUGACGGUCGUAUGUAAAUAUAUUUGUAACAGUAUUUUUUGGCAUCAUUUUGCAUGCAUUUUGUGAACAAACAUCACAAUUUUAACUACACGAAGGAAUCGAUUAUGUUUUUUAAUUGAUUUUAUUUUAGAUAUAAGUUGAAUGUGCCUGCCUCCUUUUUUUAGAGGAUCAUUUUAAUUUAGUCCUGAACAUUAUUGUAAUGUGUGGAAGUGAAACGUCCAGAUUGCUUUGUUUUAUCUAAUGUACAAGUCUCCAUAUUAUUGUGGUAUUUUUAAAUUUGAUACGAAAAAUGCGAUUUGUAUCCAAUAUUCUUACAUGAAAAUAAAUGCUACAAAUAAUAAA